AUGGAAACUACAUCAAGAUCCGUGUCACAUUUAAGUUCAGCUUCAUCAUUAUCAUUACCUAGUGACAGAAAACUAAAAAGGAAAAGAGCUCCGAUAAUUGACGAUGAAGAACCCAAAUUUACACAAUUAGAGGAAUGUAAAGUAAUACUACAUGAGGUUAUAGAUCGAGUAUUGAAAGAUCAGCCAGUUGGUUAUUCAUUAGCACAAAUAACUUCCCUUGUCGAGAGGCUAUGUAAAUUCAAACAUGCAGAAUUGAAAGAAUUGUUGUGUGUGAUAUAUGAAAAAAUAGACGAAGCGUUUAAUUUAUAUGAACUAAAUUUAAGUGUUAGAGAUGCAAAUAUUAAACACCAAUGUCCUGAAAAAGAAGCUCGAACAAUUAUGUUUUGUGAAUCACUACUAAAUGAUUGGAUCAAUUGGCAAAAUAAGCUUUCCAAGUUAAGUCAAAUAUUUGGUUAUAUCGAUAGAAAUUACUUGAAACUACAUAGUUGGAAAACUCCAAUUAAAGAUUAUGGGAUUUCGAAGUUUACAAUUACUUAUUUAAUUGAUGAUAUUGAUGAUGGUGUAACAAAUGAAAAUUAUGAAUUAAUCAAAACAUAUCAUGAACGGUUGACAAAAUUAUACUAUACUGAUAAAUAUGUGCUGCAGAAUCAAGAAUCAACCAAAAUCCAAGAAAUCUUCAAAUCACUCACAACACUACUUGAUACAUACGCCGAAGAAGAUACAUAUUCCAACCAAAUUUACAUUGCCAUUGAAAACUCAUUUGAACAAUCACAAUUAAAAGGAUGGUUCAGCUCAUCUACAGAAUUCAAAUCGUCUUUUAAAUUUCAACAAAUACUACUAAUAUUAAAUGAAGAAAUGAAACUUAACGCAGCUUUAACACAUAUGAAAGAUUUACAAAAUUAUCUUAUAUGGAGUUUUAUAUUAAGUGAAAAUUUAGAAGAUAUAAUUCAAGAUGAUUUUGAUAAAAUAUUAAAUAAUCCCCAUGAAAUGAAAAUCUUGAAAGAAAUUUGUUCAACAUCUAUAAACCACUUCAGUAUUGAUGGUAUACUAAAAUUAAUCAGUGUAUAUCUGAAUUACGCGGAAAAACUAUUCACAAAGACAAUAGCUGAUCAUUCAAAUAUUAUACCCACAUUAUAUCAAGUUGUUACUGAUUUAAAUAAUAAAACCAAAAUGUAUUUCAAAGAUGAUGAUAGAUUUGAAUAUGAAGCUCGAAAAAAAUUACAAAUUGUCAUUAAUAACAGAUCUACCAAUCCUAUAAUACUUCAACAUUUAGUUAAAUAUUGUGACUCAUUUCUAAGAUCAAAAUUAAAAGCAGUUGAUAAUUUUUUCGACAUAGUGUUGGUGGUAUUUAAUUCAUUAUCAAACAAAGAUCAAUUUUUAAACAUAUACAAAAAGGAACUAUCAAGAAGAUUAUUAAUUAGUAAAUCACUAAAUUUAGUUAACGAGAAAAAAUUGAUUGAAUUAUUUGAAAAACAAGUUGGGUCAGAUACAACUUUAAAUAAAUUAAUUGAAGAUAUUGAAUCUGCAACUACUACCAAUCUUGCAUUGGGUUCAAGUAAUAUGGAGUUCACUAAAUUGCUAUUGAAGUAUGAAAAUUGGACUGAUAUACCAGAAGAAGAUUUCAAAUCAAUAACAUUACCGAAAGAAUUUGCAACCUUGCUAGCCGAUAGCACACAAGGUACUAAGAAACUAGACUGGACCAAUUAUAAAUUGCAUAAAUUAGCGAUUAACGGUACAUUUGGUGGUAAAGACGUAAUCAUCAAUUGUAACUUGUUACAAGCUUUGAUAAUUUUGUUAUUCAAUGAAAAAGAUGAAAUUACAAUUGAAGAAAUUUUGAAAAUUACAAACAUGAAUGUAAGAUUAUUGAAUUCCAUCCUACAAACAUUCAGUGGUAGUUCAAGCAUAUUAGUCAAGAAAGAUGCAUCAGUAAUUUACAACAAAAAAUUUAAGAGUAAAUCAGGAAUAGUAAAUUUACCAAUAAUAAAAGACUAUCAACUACAACAAGUACAAAACCAACCACAAUCUACAACACCAACACUAGAUCAACCACAAACAUCCAACAAAAAAUUUGAAUCAAUAAUCAUCAAAACUAUGAAACAAGCUAAAGAAAUGUCUUACAUUGAUUUAUUAAAUAAAUGUAUGGAUCAACUUGGUGCUCCGAUUAAUGUUGGUGAUUUGAAACUGUCAAUUGAGAAGUUGAUUAAUAACGAAUAUUUAAAUAGAAAAGAUUUCGAUAUAAUUGUGUAUAUUCCGUAA